GAAAAGGACCUGUAAUGUCAUCCCUACAAUCAUAUCUGGAAGCUCAGAUAUCUGUGUCUAUAUCAGGUGGGGUAGGUGUAUGAAAGCGAACGACAUUAUGGAUCUUGGGAAGAAGUUUACAACAUAUUGAAGAGCAAUUAAUGCUACUCGUGAUCUAUGUCGAAUUACAUUUAUUUACAACAACAACAAAAUGGUGGAUAGCAAAGUAAAAGUGGCUGUGAGGCUGCGGCCAAUGAAUCAGAGAGAAAUUGAUUCACAGGCAGAAUGUGUGGUAUACAUGGAAGGAAGACAAACAGUGUUGAAAUCCACAUGCACAGCACAAAAAGAGUUUCUCUUUGAUUACUGUUUUUGGUCUGUAAGAGAUGAAGACCCUGCCAAGUAUACAAGCCAGGAGGAUAUUUUUAAGGUGCUUGGGAAAGACAUUGUUGACAGUUCUUUUGAAGGAUUCAACUCCUGCAUUUUUGCUUAUGGUCAAACAGGAUCAGGAAAAACAUUUUCUAUGAUGGGGACAGAUGACAAACCUGGUCUAGUGCCAAGAAUAUGUUCUGCCUUAUUUAGCAGAGAAAUAAAUAAUUUAAAAAGCCUUCAAGUUGAAGCUGCAUACUUAGAAAUAUACAACGAAAAAGUACGAGAUCUUUUAUAUCCCACAGGUGACUUUAAGGCACUAAGAGUUCGAGAACACAGAUCUUUUGGCCCUUAUGUGGAAGGUUUGUCUCAUCAUGCUGUCAGUAAUACUGAAGACAUAAAAUCACUGAUACUAGAAGGGAACAAAUGCCGGAAAAUUGCCAGUACAAAAAUGAAUGAACACAGCAGUCGGUCACAUGCAAUAUUUACUCUUACAGUCACACAGACUCUUCAUAAUGAACAUGGUGUUCUGAAAGAGCUUCUCAGCAAGGUUAGUUUGGUGGAUUUGGCAGGAAGUGAAAGACCUUCCAUCUCUGGAGUUACUGGGGAUCAACUGAAAGAAAGCACUAACAUUAAUAAGUCGCUCACAUUUCUUGGUCUGGUUAUAAAUUCAUUGGCUGAACAAUCUGAAGGUAAAAGGAAGAGUAGUUUUAUCAAUUACAGAGAUUCAGUACUCACCUGGUUGUUAAAGAACAAUCUUGGAGGAAACAGUAAGACUGUAAUGUUGGCAACAAUAAGCCCAGCAUCUGUUAACUAUCAGGAGACACUCUCUACUUUGAAAUAUGCUGACCGUGCCAAAUGUAUAGUGAACAAAGCAAUGGUAAAUGAAGAUAUCAAAUCUAAGGCUAUAAUAGAGCUGAAAGAAGAAGUGAAAGUAAUGAGAGAACAACUUCAACAGGUUGAAGCAAAAUACAAACAGGAACUAGAGGCAAAGUUAAAGGAAUCAGAAAAGCUUCUAAGAGAUUUAAAAGUCUCUUGGGAAGAAAAGCUCAAAAAGACGGAAAUGUCGGCCAUGGAACGACAAAAACAGCUCCAGCGACUUGGAAUCACCGUAGAACAUACUGGCAUUAAAGUUGACGAAGAUAAAUGUUACCUCAUAAACUUAUCUAUUAGUAUGAAUAAUCAGAAUGAACUCCUUCUGUAUCAUUUAGGCGAUAAAACAAAAAUUGGUGCUGGUGAGUCUCAAGACAUCCAGGUCACUGCACCUGGCAUUGAGUUGGAGCAUUGUAUUAUUGACAUAUCACAAGAUGGAGAAAUAUUUCUCAACCCCAACAAACAUGCUGAGACCUUUGUAAAUGGUAUAAAAGUUCAUGCAGUUGUAAAUUUGAGUCAUGAAGAUAAAAUAAAGCUUGGAAACAAAACUUCUUUCAUGCUGCAUAAGCCAAACUCUAAAUAUAACACUUUUCAGGAUGGUGCUGAUGCUGUUCACAAUGUUAUUUCAAAUGAAACUGAAGAAGUAAAUACACAAGAAAAGGAAUCCACCCCUGAAGAAAGUGACAUAAGUAUCGGCUCACACAAUAUCCAACAUUCUCAUGGAGAAAACACAGACUCUGUAUACAUGUGUACAUUUUCUAAUGACUCUAGAACCAUGGUUUCUUCUGGUCGAAACAUCGACAUUCCUCAAGAUAGGAUUGUAUCUCCAAAAAUCAUAAACACUAAAUAUUUAGAACAGGAUUCUAGUGAAAGCAAAAUUACAACUACAGAGACACUAGUAUCUACAAAGAGACACAGGGAGGAUGACAGAAACAUUAAAUUAAAGUUAAUUAGUAAAAACAAAAAAUCAGAUGAAAACAAUGCUGUUGAUGAUUAUGAUAGAAUGGAGAUCUCCAUCACAUCUCGAACUGAAACUGAACAGGAUCUGAGUAACAAUAAACAUAUAUCACAGGAAGAUAGUGAUAAAACUGAUAUCCCCACAAAUCCGACAUUUCAUGCUGAAGCUAAUGACGAAAUGGAAAUCUCCAUCACGUCAACAUCUCAGACUGAAACUGAACAGGAUCUAAGUAACAAAAAACAGAUAUCAAAGAAAGAUAAUGAUGAUAAAACGAAUAUUCCCAAGAAUCCAACAUUUCAGGCUAAAAUGGAACAGAAUGUAUGUAGUGAGAACCAGAUUUCUAAAGACGUUAGUGACAAAAUGGAAAUCUCCGUCACUUCAAUAUCUCAGACUGAAACUGAUAAAACUGAUAUCCCCACAAAUCCAACAUUUCAAGCUGAAAUGGAACAAAAUUUAAGUUGUGAAAACCAGAUUUCUAAAGAAGCUAAUGACGAAAUGGAAAUCUCCAUCCCUUCAACAUCUCAGACUGAAACUGAACAGGAUCUAAAUAACAAAAAACAGAUAUCAAAGGAAGAUGAUGAUAAAACUAAUACCCCCAUGAAUUUAACAUUUCAGGCUGAAAUAGAAGAAAAUGUAAGUUGUGAAAAUCAGAUUACUAAAGAAGUUAAUGACGGAAUGGAAAUCUCCAUCACUUCAACAUCUCAGACUGAAAUUGAACACAAUUUAAGCAGCAAGAACCAGAUAUCUGAGGAAUAUAAUAAUAAUGAAACUGAUGUGUGCAUCGCCUCAACAUCUCCAUCAGUUGAACUUUCGAUUCAAUACAACCUUAUUACUAAGUCUCAAAACAAGCCAGAAAAAUAUGAUACAAGUGAAAGGCAUGAAAGAGCUUCAGCCAUGGCAGCAAUUUCAGAGCAUACAACUAAUUACAUUCGAAGAGCAAGGAAAGAGAUCACAGCAGCUCUACAGAAGGAUUUUAAUGAAUUUCUGGAUGAAUUUGAUUCAAAAAACCUGAUCACUCAGGAAGAAUAUUUUACAGUUGAAAAUAUGAGUAACAUGAAAGAAAAAGCAAGAGCCUUAGUGAAUAUAAUUCUUCAGAAAGAUGAGUCAACUUGUAGUUUAUUCCUCCAAUGCAUGCAACUAAACCAGGAGGAGAAAAAUGUCCCUGAGCAAGAGGUGCAGAAAAGUCACAUUGAGGAUCCAAAGAAAGGAAAUGCUGACAAAGAUGAUGUGACCACUUCUAGUCAUGAAGAAAUACAUUUACCAGAAGAAAAUGUCAAGAAAAAAUCCACUGAAAAAGAUGGCCUGACCACUUCUAAAUAUGAGGACAUCCAUUUACCAGAAGAAAAUGUAAAGAAAGAAUCCAAGGAAAAAGACAAAAAAACCUGCUUCCAUGAUCUUCUCAAAAAGAUUGAAUUUCAGAGUUACCAGACAUCCAAGCUUACACUAAAUGAUGUUCUUGACAUUGGUGCUGAAUGCUUGAUACCAGGAGUUUCUCCUAAGGAAAAUGUGGCUUGGUAUUUUAUAAGAAAAUUGAUGUCAUUGCAUGAGGAGGCAAGGAAUAUCAGUACAAUAGGGACCAGAGAAGAAAUGAGCAGGGAUCACAUGUUAAUGCUGGAUAUGGACAGUGACCUGUCAGAUGGUAUCCACCCAUUAGACCUACAAUGUGUUAUCUUACAUUGCUCAGAUCAUUUCCUUCAGCAGGAGAUGAUAUCAAAAAUGUCCAUGUGUCAGUUUUCUGUCCCUCUGCUACUGCCAGCCAAUGAUGGUCCAGACUACACCUUUAUGUUGUGGGCAAUGAGGGGAAUUGUGAAGAAAUGGAGACCCCAAUACCUGGCACAUAGCAAAGGAUUUCAGGAGGAAAACUUGGUGAAAAUUUCCAUGCCAACAUUUUCAUUUGUGAGAUUAGGAAAGUGCAGACUUUCUAAGUCAAAAAUCCUAAAUCAGAUUUUAAGUUCAACACAACAUUGUCAAGACAUCUUUGUCCAUCGAGACAUGGAAGGUGGAAACGUGGAAAGGACUAUAUCAUUGGGGCUAGUGGAGAUAUCCUGGUAUUUUCCUGCUGGUAAAGGCAUCUUUACCAAGCCUGUUGCUAUUACAAACCUUCGUGGGGAGUUGGAGAGCAACUUGAAGCCAUUCAACUUCUUGGCAGAUAUAUCUUCAGUUGUUGUCAUCUUUGUUGAAACUAUCAGCAAGACUCAAUAUGAAUUAUUAAUGAAAUAUAAACCCUCCACAUAUCUCUUCAUUAUUACUCCUGAAGAGCAAGUGAGCAGAAAAGAAAGUGAAGAGAUGAUAGAAUCUGUGAUGUCCAUGACUGACCUAAAGAAGGACAAUGUUUUAGUGAUCUCAAAAUCCACAAAUGAAGCAACAGCUGUUAAAAUGAUUCGCUCAGCUCUGCUGAAGUUGGAGAAGGAAUAUGCUAAUUACCUCAGUGUAGAAGACAUGGCUCGUAUAGCAGUAAUACAAAAGAUCUAUGUAGAUGAAAAUACAGUGGAAUGUCAAGCUGCGGAAAAACACGCCAGAGCUAUAACUGAGGAGAUCUGCGAUGUUGUCAAGUAUAAAGGAAAAACAAUGAAACUGCAAAUGCAACUUCUGAAAGACCUGUCAACCCUAGAAAAGGAACUUUGUCAGAUGAAAAAACAACAAAAUAGAAAUGGGGAAAACUACAAAUCUGAACUGAGAAGAAAAUGUAAUGAGAUAAGGAGAAAACAGUGGGAAUGUGAUAUGCCAAAAGGAAUUAGCCGUUUUAUAGAAGGGAUCAAAACAAAAAAUCGAUUAGAAAAGUUUUAUUUUUUAAGUUGGUUAAAAUAUUAUUUGGACUUAGCAGCAAGGGAAAUGCUCACAUCUUUACAAGAGAAAUACAAAGAGAAAUAUUCUCAGGCCAGUGACUCCAAGGAGCUGAUGGAGAUCGAUCAAAAGAUAUCAGACAGUUCAUUGGGCAUAGAGCAUUUCCUGAGAGAGGUAUCUCAGUUUUAUGAGGUACGGCAUGUCAUGGGGGAAAAAAACAAUGCACCUAUAGAAUAUAACCAUCUCCCUGAAAUAGCAUGUGAUCUUCUGCUUGAUGGCUACCCACUGGAAUUGAUUGAUGGAGAUGCAUCCAGGAUUCCUGUGCGGUGGGUAACAGAUGUUCUCAAUAAAGUGCACUCCAAGACAGGCGGCAGAAGCAAAAUAAAGGUAAUAACCGUGCUGGGGGUUCAAAGUACGGGGAAGUCCACUCUUCUGAACACCAUGUUUGGUCUACAGUUUCCAGUGGCCAGUGGACGAUGCACACGAGGAGCUUUCAUGACUCUUAUUAAAGUGAAGGAGAACUUCCAGGGGGAGCUCGGAUGUGAAUUUCUUCUAGUGAUUGACACUGAAGGGUUAAAAGCUCCCGAGUUGGAUUCUCUGGAGGGCAGUUAUGAACACGACAAUGAGUUGGCCACUCUAGUGGUUGGGUUAAGUGACAUCACUGUAAUCAAUAUGGCCAUGGAAAAUAUAACAGAAAUGAAAGAUAUUUUACAGAUUGUGGUCCAUGCAUUUCUCAGAAUGAAAGAAAUUGGGAAGAAGCCCAAUUGCCAGUUUGUUCAUCAAAAUGUGAGUGACGUGUCUGCUCCUGUAAUGAACAUGAGAGACAGAAACAAACUGCUGGAACAACUAAAUGAAAUGACCAAAACUGUGGCAACCAUAGAGAAGAAGCCUCAGUAUGAGGUGUUUUCUGAUGUUAUGGAAUAUGAUUCCGAGCAACACCAUUGGUACAUCCCUAGUCUUUGGCAGGGUAUACCGCCAAUGGCUCCUGUCAGCGCUGGCUACAGCGAACAUAUUACUGAAUUGAAGCAAAAUUUACUAAAAUUUAUUAAACAAAACCAAAAUGGGGCACAUAACCUACAGGAAUUUGCUAAGUGGAUGGGAGACUUAUGGAAUGCAGUCAAACAUGAGAACUUUAUAUUCAGCUUUAGAAAUAGCUUGGUAGCAAGUGCUUACAAUAAACUGUCUAUGAAAUAUUCUGAAUUAGAGUGGAAAUUCAGCAAAUUGAUCCAUGAAUGGUUCACUAAUACUGAAACCAUUAUCAAGAACCAAUCUGAAGAAACUUUGGAAGAAAAAGGUAAAGAAUGUUGUAUAAGGCUACAAAACAUCAUUGCAACAGAGCAGCAAAAAAUGAUAACAUGGCUGGAGGAUUAUUUCAAACAAGAGAAAGAAUGUGUUCACUUAAUAAAAUACAAAGGAGACUUUAUAAUCAGUGUAAAGAUGCUUGGAGAAAACCUUGGAAGGUCCUCUCAUGACAAGUACAACAUAGCGAUUCAAAUUCAAAAACAGCAACAUAAGAUAAAAAGAGCAUGUAAGCAGUAUAUUACGGCGAUUGAACACAAAGUUUCCAGCCUUAUGGAAGAAUGCAGGAAGAAACAACAUAAACUGGACAAUGCUAUGUUAGAAGUGGAGUUUGAGACUAUGUGGCAAGAAACGGUCCAGGAGUUAGGGGUGAAAUCGCUCAUAAAACGUAAUAUUGAGAAAGACAUGCUGCUUCAGCUCACAAAGACCAUGAGAGACAAGGGAUCAGCAGUUAAUGAAAAACUAAAUCAAAUACAGCACUUGCCAAGACCUAACACAGAGAAUACUGACAGAAAAAGAGCAGGAAUUUUGACAUUAUUCAAAAGUGCAUACACAUGGUGGAAAAGAAAAGCACCAAAUUCACACAAGUAUGAGCAUACCUUUCAAUAUAUACAUGACAAAUGCUGUAAAUAUUCUGAAGAGCAAGCCCAGAGAGAUGCUGAUUAUGAUGACACCUACUGUAAACAACUGCUAAACAUGAUUGAUGACAUUCUAAUUAAGGAAGGGAAUAUCCCAGCUGAACUUGAGCUAGAAAUAAAAUUGAACAUUUUAGGACAUGCUGCUGCUGAUUUCCAGGUGAUGCAUAAUAACUUCAUCAGAAAGAAUGACCCUCAUUCACAGCUGGGAACAUUGAAAUCUGAAUACUUUAGCACAUUUAUGAAUGUUUUCAAAGAGAAGAAUGAAAAUCAGGAUCUCGCCAAACGCAUAUGUGACACAUGUCUACAGCCAGCAAUAAUUGACCACAUCAUUCGAAAUCUAGGCAUUGAACUCGUAGACGACAUCAUGAGGUCUGAAGGAUCUGAAACAUACACCUCCCGGACAUUUUUCCAGUACACUGUUCUCUUAAAUCUUCUGGAAGAAAAUGUUUUUGGACAAUAUGUAGAAUACUCAAAAAACUAUGAAGAAUUUGUGAAAAAAUUGAUAUUGAAAUACAUUAAAAUGAAAUAUAAAAACCUCAGCACAAUAGGAAUCAAGAUCUUGUCAGGAAUCUCAGAAAAGAUCAGAGAUCUCUUCAACAAUCCUACCACGUGGAAUAAUUCACAGAAUGUGGAAGAGUUCCUUACUACUUUCAAAAAGAAAUUAAACAGUGAUCUGGUAUUACCACAGGAAAAGAUGAUGGCAAUCAUUUUCAAAAACUCUGCAAAUAUAAAAGAAUUUAUUAGAAAUCUGAACAAUUUCUUGACUGACACAAUAGAAGAUAUCAAAUCAGAAAUUGAAUCUCUGAGUGUGGAAGUCAUUCUUUCCAGAGUAACAGUGAAACCUCAAGACGAACUAUUCAAGAAGGUGUUUGGAUGUGGAAAGCAGUGUCCAUUCUGCAAGGUCCCUUGUGAAGCUGGAGGUGACGACCACAAACACCAUUUUGCCUCUGUCCAUCGACCUCAAGGAUUAGGAACGUACAGAUGGAUAAACACAUCUAUUCUUGACCAUGACAUUUGCACUACUUGUGUCAGUGGAAAUAAAAGAUUUCGGAAUAGUGAUACAAAUGAAAUACCUCAUCCCUAUAAGCAAUAUAAAGAAGUGUAUCCUGACUGGAAUAUUCAGCCUGAUCCCAGCAUUGAAGCCUCUGAUUACUGGAAAUUUGUUCUUAAAGAGUUCAAUGAACAAUUUGCAAGAGAGUAUGAUGCCAAACCUGCCGAUUAUCCGAAGGAAUGGAACAGUCUGACCAAGAAUAUGGCAAAGGAAAGUCUCAAGAAAACCUUCAAUAUGCAGUAAUGAAUGAACAGGAAUAUGUGAUAAGUGCUGAAUCCACUUCUGUGAAGGUUAUGUCUUGCAUUUAAAGGGGUUGUCCGGGUUCAGAGCUGAACCCGGACAUAUCCCCAUUUUCACCCAGGCAGACUUGAGCAUUGGAGCAGUUCAUACUCCAAUGCUCUCCUUUGCCCUGCGCUAAAUCGUGCAGGGCAAGGGCAUGUUUUGGAGAUCCGGUGACGUACCGGGGCUCUCCAUGGGGCUGCCAGGAAGCCCGGUGAUGUCACCGGCACUGAUGGGCAAGAUUUAGCGCUACCCUAGCCAGUAAAGCUCGGCCAUCAGAGCCGGUGACGUCACCGAACACACUGCCGGGCGGAAGUUUCCCCCCGGCAGUGUGUUAUUGUAAACAAAAGAGCCUUUGC